AUGCUGUCGGCCUUGAAGAAGCUGGUGGGCUCCGAGCAGGCCCCGGGGCGGGACAGGCCCAUCCCGGCGGGGCUGCAGUCCAUGAAUCAGGCGCUGCAGCGGCGUUUCGCGAAAGGCGUCCAGUAUAACAUGAAAAUUGUCAUCCGAGGUGACAGAAACACGGGGAAGACCACUUUGUGGCAUCGACUGCAAGGAAAGAAAUUUGUUGAGGAAUAUAUCCCAACCCAGGAGAUCCAAGUCACCAGCAUCCAUUGGAAUUAUAAGACUACUGAUGAUAUUGUGAAGGUUGAAGUCUGGGAUGUGGUAGACAAAGGCAAGUGCAAAAAACGGGGAGAUGGGUUGAAGCUGGACAACGAUCCUCAGGAGGCAGAAUCCGAGAUGGCCUUGGAUGCAGAAUUCCUGGAUGUAUAUAAGAACUGCAACGGUGUCGUGAUGAUGUUUGAUAUCACCAAGCAGUGGACCUUCAACUACAUCCUGAAAGAACUUCCAAAAGUCCCAACACAUGUACCAGUGUGUGUGCUUGGGAAUUACCGGGACAUGGGCGAACACCGGGUGAUCCUGCCUGAUGAUGUGCGGGAAUUCAUUGACAACCUGGACAGGCCCCCCGGCUCCUCCUACUUUCGUUAUGCCGAGUCUUCCAUGAAGAACAGUUUUGGCCUCAAAUACCUGCACAAAUUCUUCAAUAUCCCCUUCUUGCAGCUACAGCGGGAGACUCUGCUGCGGCAGCUGGAGACCAAUCAGCUGGAUAUUGACGCCACCUUGGAGGAACUCUCUGUGCAGCAGGAGACCGAAGACCAGAACUACGAGCUGUUCCUCGAAGUGAUGGAAGCUCGUGGCCGGGGACAUGCCUCUCCUUUGGCCACCAAUGGACAGACCCUUUCCUCAGGUUCCCAGUCUCCGGUGGUUCCACCUGGCAAUGCUUCGGGGGGCUCCAGCCCCGGCACCCCCCAGCAGAGCUUGGCCAACCCCGGCCUUGCCACGGACCCUGCUGAGCCUCCAGAGCCAGGGCUGCUGCCUGAAACCCAGCCUCCCGCAGUCAUUCCUGCACCAGCUGCGCCACAGAAACGUGGCAUCAUUGCUCGGCUCUUUGGCACCUCCCCAGCUCCCGAGACUGGUCCUCCCUCUCCAGAUCCUGCCGUUCCUGCCCUCCCUGCAGUUGCUCCCUCGAAAGUCCAGAGCGUAGAAGACUUUGUCCCCGAGGACAGCCUGGAUCGCAGCUUCCUGGAAGACCCCAUCCUGCAGAGAGACAAGAGGGGGAAACAGGCAGCAAAGGCCCCCACCGACAGUGACAGUGACAGAGAUGCUCCUGGUGGGAACCCCUUGGUUGCUGGCUUCCAGGAUGACCUGGACCUUGAUGAGCGUCUGUCCAGCAAGCCCCCGUUGGCAGCAGAGCUGGUCCCGAGCAAAAACGUGAACCUGUCAAGCGAGGAAGAAGAAUCCUCCAAGUUCUGCAUCAUGGGGGCUGAAGAUGCUGCGUCAGAACAAGAAAAAAAACGAAGAGAAACCUCAAGUCCCUUUCUCUUGACAGCUGUUGCCCUGAGGCCUCCAGGCGCUGCCCUCACUUUCCGUUUCCUCUUCGCCCCCAGAGCUUCCAAAAAGGCCUUGAAACCCCCAGAGCCCUCGGCACCUCCCAGAUCUGCGGAGCUGAAAUCUCUCACCAGCCAACCUCCAGCUGAGCCAAGCAAACGCUUGAUGGCAGCCAGCGGCCCUGAGGCCCGUCCGCCCCCAGCGCCCUCUGCCUCCAAGCAGCAGGACUCCGAGAGCGACUCGGAGGGGCCCUUCGCCACGCAGAUGCUCUCCUUUGUGAUGGAUGAUCCCGACUUUGAAAGCGAGGAGUCAGAGAGCCAAAGGAAGCGCCCAGAGGAGUUUCCAGUGCGAGAGGACCUGUCAGACCUCUCCGAGGAGGACCCCCCUUCCAGGCCUCCCCAGCUGCCCAGACCCGUCAUCCGCUCCUUCAGAGUGAAGGACGAGGCCGAUCUCUUUGGGCUGGGCCUGGAUAAGCCGCUUGGCCGAGACUGCAGCGAGGGAGCUGCAGAUAAAGAGAAGCAGUCUUUGAAGGAGAAAAAGAAAAAAAAGAAGAGAACUGGCAAAGAGGAAGAAACAGAGAAAAUUUCAGGGAGGAAAAAGAGCAAGCCGAAAAAGAGCAGGGGGGAGAAGGAGGAGGAGGAGGAGGAGGAGGAAGAGGAAGGCAGAGGAGAAAAGGAGAAGAAGCCGCCCAAGCAGCAGCACCAGCAGCGGAGCAAAGCCAAGGCCAGCAGGAUCGAUGAGCUGGAGGCCUUUCUCGGGGGCGGUGCUGGGGCCAGCAAGCAGCGGGGGGGUGGAGACUACGAGGAGCUGUAG